CACUUCACAGCAACGGCGGCGGCAGGCGGCAGCGCAGUCAGUCGCGCACACGAAUUGACGCGAUCGACAUGCAACACGGUGAUCGUUGUCGUCGGUUUAGUUAUUAUUGUUGUUGUCGUCGUCGACGUCGGCUUUAUCAUUAUUAUUAUUGUUUCCCGAACGUCACCGCCUUGUCGCGUGUGUGCACAGCGAAAAACAUGGGCGCACGCCGCGAUAUCGAUGCCGUUGUGGUGCCAAAUAAAUAACUACGUUACAAUAUUAUACAAAUACAUUGAAUCGAACACGUUGUAAUAUAAAAUAUUGUAUGUGUUGUUUUUUUCGUACCGAUCUCAAUAAUAAUAUAAUAUAUUAUUUUCAAUAAACGCGCGUUAUCAUAGUAUACACGUCGUCUGCUCGUCCGUCGUAUGCCGCCGGUCGUGUUUACCCGCCGCCAUUGAUAACCGUGUUUCGUUUGUUAUUAUUGUUGUUGUUUUCGUCGUCUGUGCCGGGUGUCGAACGCGCGCUUUCGCCGGACACUUAUCACCGCCGUUACCGUUGUGUAUAUGUGAUACACGCAUUCGUCGGACCCGAUCGUCCGCCCGCCUUCGUGUGCGUUUACAUUGCGUUGAACUAUGAUGGAUACAAAAAAAGAUUUUGAAUUUGAAGAACUGAUCAUAUGUGGCUGUUGUAAGCAAAAAUUCAAUGACAAUGAAUUUGUGCCAAAAGAACUGAGUUGUAAACAUUGUUUCUGUUUGCAAUGUAUCAAAACUACUAUGCUUAAAGGUUUGGAAGUCUAUUGCAUCAACUGUUGGAAGCGUACUGAACUUGACGAGCAGUCUCCCGAAACACUGAGAACACAGAACUCUGUUCUCAGUCUUAUAAGGCACUUAGCUCAUGUUAAAAUCAAUAAAACAACAGACAAAGAACGAAAGGGAGAGAAUUGCCACACUCAUGGAAUGCCAUUUUCAUUUUGGUGUUACAAUUGUCAACAAUUAUUGUGUCGUGCUUGUGGGACCCAAACUGAACAUAUUGGGCAUACAAUAAAAUCCAGUAAUGAUGCUCGUGACCAAUUAAUUAGUGAGGUUCAAGUAGAAACAAUUGCUAUAGCUAAAUUGAUGAGUGAAAUACAAAAUUUAUUUGGACAUAAACGACAAUUUCUUCUGAGAGUAUUGGACGCUUGUAACACUUUAAAAACACAAAUUGAAUUAGAAUUAAAUAUUGGUUGGACACAAAAUACUAAUGAUUUACUACAAACUAAUGAAGCACUUAACAGUAUUAAGCCAACUAAUCUACGUACUGAUGAUUUGUAUGAACUACAACUUUACUUAAACCGUCUGGAACAAGUCAAACAGCAAGUUCAAAAUAAAUACACUGAACAGUUUGCUCAUGGUCAACUAGAAGAUAUAAUAUCAUCGACUAACUUACUAGAUUUUAGCAUGAUAAAACAAUCUCUGUCAUCUCUGCAAAGUGUUGGUACAGAAUCAUACAAAUCUUCAGAGUUGGGAAAUCAGAACGCUCAUAUCUUUUUUUUGGCUAAUUAUUGUAUGGCACAAUUGUUUACGCGCUACGUACUUCCUAAACAUGUACCACAAGUAAAUGGCCAAGAAUACUCAAAAAAUUCUCCAGGCAAUUCAUUGACUCAAUACCCAACGCCUCUAUCGUCAAUAUCGGCAAAUGAACCCGCAUUAAUUACAUCUCAGAAUAGCCCUCCUCAGGCAAUAUUAAACAACAGUGUUCCUUCCUUGCGAAAUCUACAUUCUUUUCCAUUGUUUUAUUUUAAUGUAGAAGUCAAUGGAACAGCAUUUGGUCGUUUAGUUAUUGAAACUCGUCCUGAUGUUGCACCAAAAAUGUCAAAAAAUUUCGAAGUAUUGACAAUGGGAGACACUAACGGGUGUUCCUAUAAAGGCUGUUCAAUAUUUCAAUGCUGGGAAGGUGAAUCUGUGAUCACUGGUGAUUUUGAAUUGAAUAAUGGACGUGGAGGGAAAUCAAUCUAUGAAGAGAAUUACUUUAUGCCAGAUGACACUAAAUUUCCAGCAGUCCGAGGAGCGGUUGGAAUGCGCCGCACUCAAAAACGACAUGACAAUAUGGGAAUGGUGGGAUCACAGUUUCGUAUUAUACUACAAGAAAUGAGAGGUUUUACAGCGAUUUUCGGUCAUGUCGUUGAAGGCAUUGAUCUUGUUGAGAAAAUGGCCUCAUUUGGCGAUCAAACUGGGAAACCGUCCAAGACAUUUGUCAUAUCCAGUUGUGGUAAAGUGUAACUACCAUAUAAUAUUUUUUAUUUAAAUAUACAUAAUUUAAUCGAUCCGAGUAGUUUAUAGUAAUGAGUGAACGUCAUUAUAUUUUUGUAAAACGUUAAUAUGCGUAUCGAAAUAUUUAUAUUGAAUUCCUAUCUUAUUGGUAUACAUUUUGUAUAAAUUUAUUAUAUAUUUAUAUAAUAUAUUAUAUAAAAUAAAAAGUGAUUAUUAUGAUACACGAUUGUAAGUAUCACGGCAUUAAAUCAACUAAAUUAAAGUAACUAUAAACGCUAUUUAGUAAAAUAUACAAUUUUCGAUAUAUACAUGCGAUUUAUGUGUAUACUAAAUGAAUAUCAUACUCUAUAAACAGUAUUGUUUGGAAGCUUGGCAAAAAGUUAUUUUUUAUCUUAUCAGUUGUUCUUUUUUUUUUAGUUGUUCAAUAAUUUAUCAAUUACAUUACCAUGUUUUGAAAUUUUACUGUACAUAAAAUAGGUCAAGAUUGACUUCACAUUAUUAUUGUUAAGUUUAAAAAGAAAGAAAAAAAUAUUGUAUUGCGACACUGAUUUGUUAAGUAGAGUAUGGAAACAUUUAUCCAAUUAACUGACAUUUUUUUCUUUUUAUAUAAUUAUAUAAUCGUAAAUAAUUACUGAGAAUAUAAUAUAAAAAAUUUCAAAAAGAAAUAUAUUUUUAUAAGUACAGUGG